AUGAUCAUUGUUGACUGUACUGCUGUUAUGUUGAUGAUUGUGGACUGUACUGCUGUCAUGGACUGGACAGUGGUCCACCAUCAUCAUCAUAGCAUCAACACCGUCAACAGUCAUCGUCACAGCAUCAACACCGUCAUCAGUCAUCAUCACAGCAUCAACACCGUCAUCAUCACAGCAUCAACACCGUCAUCAUCACAGCAUCAACACCGUCAUCAGUCAACAUCACAGCAUCAACACCGUCAUCAUCACAGCAUCAACACCGUCAUCAGUCAUCAUCACAGCAUCAACACCGUCAUCAUCACAGCAUCAACACCGUCAUCAGUCAUCAUCACAGCAUCAACACUGUCAUCAUCACAGCAUCAACACCGUCAUCAGUCAUCAUCACAGCAUCAACACUGUCAUCAGUCAUCAUCAAUGAGAGUAGCUUCUCUCCAGAAGUUCUGCUAUAGUUUUUCUCACGGUCAUCUCCACAACCUUGCAUGGUGCCCAAGUUAG